GUUACAGUUUCCUCAGCCCUGCUGACCCACAGGUACAGACUGUGCCUUAUGUCUGCUGAUCCUGAUGCUAUGCUGGCUGAGCAGCUGUUCUAUGCUGUCGCCAGGGGGCAGACUGACAAGGUUGUCCAGCUCAUCCAGGCAGGGGCACGGCUCUUUCUAGACAAGCAUGGCCACACAGUGCUGCAUGUAGCGGCACAUCGCGGGUUCACACACACACUGAAGGUCCUUCUCCAAGCUGGAUGUGAGCUCGACAUACAAGAUAAUGCUGGUUGUACUGCCCUCCAUCGUGCUGUAGUAGGAGGACAUGUGGAGGUGGUCCAGGCUCUUAUUGAGGAGGGUGCCAGUGUGGACCGACAAGAUCAGAAUGGAAACACACCCCUACAUGAAGCUGCCUGGAAUGGCUACAGCAGAACUGUGGAACUUCUGAUCAAAGCAAGAGCUAACAUCCAUGCCAAAAAUGAAAACGGCUUCACCCCCCUGCACCACGCUGUUCAGAACGGCCACUCUCAGAGCUGCAGGAUGCUGCUGAUGGGGGGCUGCUGGCCGGACGCCAAGAACAAUUACGGGGACACAGCUCUACACCUGGCCAUCAAGUAUGGUCAUGUGACCAGCACCAGGAUUCUCCUCAGUGCCAGAUGUGACGUCCACCAGAGGAACAAGGAUGGUCGGACAGCCUUACAUAUUGCAGCACAUCUGGGUCUUAGAAAACUCACCAAGAUCCUUGUAGAGGCCAAUGCAGAUGUCAAUGCAAAAGACAAGGAUGGGAAAACUCCCAUUGAUCUGGCAAGAGACAAAGAAAACCCAGAGUGUAUCCUCAUCAUGACCUCAACUCCCAAAGGAAAGAGAUCUGGUCGUGGGAGGAGCACACACAGGAAAGACAACAGUAACAUCCGCAGGUCCCACUCCCUGCCUGCUGACGGAACCAACAAGGGCAAGGAACAAGUAACACAGCAAAGAAAGGACAAACCAGUGAAAAGGGUUCAGAUCCAAACCACUAAGGACAAACAUACAAGGAAACAGACCCCAUCUAUACAGGUCAAAAGUACCCCUCAUGUUGGGAGGUUCAGGGAAUCUCAGGACAGACUGAGGCACCGGCACCAGCACCACCACACCAGGCCCCCUGCAGGCAGGCAGCCCCCUGCCCAGACCCCCCCACACCUCCUGUCCCAAACCCCCCCUCACCUCCUGCCCCAGACCCCCCCACACCUCCUGCCCCAGACCCCCCCACACCUCCUGCCCCAGACCUUCCCACACAUGUACCACAUGGUCCGCGAUCAGAAGGGCAACCUGCAAAAGAUCCCUGUGUACCAGUGUUACGGCUGCUCCCCGUAUUUACAACAGAUGGAGAAUAAACUGGAGGCACACAGGGAGGAACUUUUGGCAGAAAUUGACGACUCACACUGGGCUCUCAACACACAACUACAACAGAUGGAGAGAAAAUGCUCCCAUCAUGCAGCAUGUUUGGACCAGUUGUGCCGUGAACGCGUGUCCGCCGAACAGACGGCCUGUCUGCACCGCAUCGACAAGCGCGCCACGCAGGACCGGCGAGAACUGCAGGCGGACACGGACACCAAGGUGAGGUCUGUCCGCGAGUCGCUACAGGCCUGGAUGGAACAGAAGUACUGCAGUCUGCAGGAGAGGAUGGAGAGAGUGACGUUGUCAGGCCAGCGGGGGGAGAGUGAGGCAGGCAGGACCACAGACAGGACAUGGCUGCCUCUGGAGAAGUCUCAGUCAGAAGGUGUGCUGCUGACAGGAACACAGGACAGGUCUACAUUCCCACACAGGACAGGUCCUACAGAACACAACCAUCUGCACCCUACUGAUGAUGAGAAACUGUCCAACAGCAGAGCUCACACAGCAUGGAGUGGGGAAGGACUGUCUACCAGACCUGUCCAGCCUUCUACAGGAAGCCAGCAGUUGUCCCCCUCAUGGCAGGACCCAUCCCUGCGUGCUCCUGUCUACCGUCCCCAGGCUAGAGAGCCUGUACCAGGAGUGAGAGCCAGCUAUCCACGUUUGAGUCAGGAGUCUUCACUCCCUGAUCAUGGCUCAUACGCCCGAGUACAAGACAUCUCUCCUGCACCUCUUCACACAGCUGAGGCAGGAUUUCCUAAGGAACACCCUACCAGCACACAGGCCAGUAGACAUUCACACCAGCAGUACCAGAGGCCUGCCACCACACAUCCAACACCACAGGCUGCUACUCCCACGUACACUGUCCAAACAAGUUUCAUGCCUCAAACUAACCAAUUCUCGCUAAGUUCUGAGGAAGUUUACCCGAGCCACUAUACUGGCAUGCCCCCUGGUGACCCGUGUGUGGAUGACAGUGCCAUCUCCUGUGAUAAGUCUGUCACCACCAGCUAUCUCUCCUACGGGACACAGAAGAAUGAUGACAGUGUGCUUCAGAGUGACAGUACAACAGAACAGAACAGUCUGUGUUACAUGUCCAGGAGAGGGGAUGGUGACAACACAGGGCUUCCUUCAGACAUACAUGUACAACACUUCAGCACACAUGGGUCACAUGUAUGAUGGGCACUGCUGCACAGUUCUAUGCAAUCAUUAUGUACACUUGUAUGUGGUGUUGUGUGGCGUAAUGGCAGGGUUGGCCCAGAACUGGUUUGAACCCUGCUACGUCACCCAUCUUGUGCUCUUGGGAAAGGCACUUUGCACAACUUUUCCCAUGUGAAAUGGGCUCCUGAUUUUCAGGAGGUACAGUUUUAAAAGGCGAUGGAAGGAGAGGGAUGGGGUCCACCUUCCAAUACCCUGCCCUAAACACACUGGAUAACAACCCCACUGCCCCUACGGCCUCAAAAAUGGCUGUGGGACUACCUUAACAUUUAUGUAUACCUGAAAGAAGUGUCGAGAUGCGUUAAACCCACAUAUCACAAAAAAUGGGCUCUGUUAUUUAUUUAAAAUAUAAAUAAUUAUUUAUGAUUUAUAAAUGCUUUGUUUUUACAUUGCUGUAAACUGCCCAAAGUUAGUAAAAUGUCUUAAAUGUUUUAACUGUGAAAUGCACACAUUUUGAAGUGUGUUACCGGUAUUAUAAUGUACAAAACUGCAGCUAUAUUCUAUAUUUAGUACAUAUUUUUUCACCCACUUGAGUUAACGUAACGGUUCAAGAAUAGGGACAUAGGGGUUCAAGACAUGCAUUUUAACACGUAAUACAUAAGUCUCAUACAUUGCGUUGUUUUGGUUUCUUGUUUUUGCAUUUGAUAACUUACAGAUUUUUCUAUUUCAGAGUGAAACAACAUGGGUCCAAUUGUUAUUAUGACUUUGUGUGUGUAAUAUAAAUUAUAAGUUUAUGUACAUAUAUAACAAAUAUAAUUUAUGUGCAUGCAUACAUUUGCACAUGUAUGUUGGCUGUUUGUAAUCCUAACUUGAGCUUCGUUUAAAUUCAAUGUAAAUGUUUUGAAGGAGAAAAUUGACAAAAGAAAUGUUCCAGAGUUUGUGAUGGCAUCAGGGUAAGUUUUUUUUUUUUCUCAAAGAAAAGUGCAUGAAUGCAUGAAUGCUCUUCAACCUUUUGGGCCAAAAUAUGACUCUUUGGGAGUUGAGAAUCUGGAUUUUUUUCUGGCAAAUCAGAAAAAAAAAUGAAGAGGCAAAUCCGAUAACCAAUUUUAAGAUUAGAUUGGUGUGGCCUAAUUGAUCAAGUAUUUAUAGAAAUAUCAUUGAUGAAAUGUAGGUCUCUUUCCAGUGUAUUCUGGGUCAAGCUAAUCUGGGAGGUAAGAGCAGAUGAUGAUGAUGAUGAGGAAUCUUCCAUCGUUGAACUCCAUAAUUCAUAUGCAGAAGACUAGACUAUCAGUAUUUUAUUAGAAAAAUGUGGUGCUUUGCUUUCUUCCAGACAAAAUGCAGGACACAGCCUCCAUGUAGUGUGAUUGUGUAUGAUUAAGUUACAAAGAAAAUGUAUGUAUGAGAAUAUUUAUUCAAUUCGUACACCCAUGGAUGUGCAAGUUAGAUUUCUUAAAAUGAGCUAUACAGUUUUGGAAAACAUUAUAUUUGUAUGACUUUUCUAUCCAUAUCAAAGACUGGGGAUAUAGAUAUGAUAUCUUGACAUGAAUACAUAUACUGUACAAUACAUUGUAGUUGUUACUAAUAGAUACCAUGUACUUGUUAAAAUGCCAAAAAAUUGGAAUGAAAUGCUGUUAGAUACAAUGUAGAUGAAAGUAUAACAUUUUUGUACAAUGUGAGGGCAGAAGUGUUUGAAAAGGACUGUAUAUUUAUCUCUGUAUACUUGAUCAGCCAUGAUGUACUAUUGAAUAAUAAUAUAUGCACACUGGGAAUGAAUUAUUUGCAAUAGAUAAUUAUGUUAUGUUUAUGCUGUUGUGAUAGUUAAAAACAAAGUUGAAUUCUAGUCUGAAACUUGACUGACUGUGGUAUUGAAGCUUGGAUAAUUGUUGAAUAAAUUAAUUUAUUAAUUACCCAGCCUCCAUGGCAGACUGGUCAAUAUUGUAAUAUUCUUACAGGGGAAAGACAGACAUGUACCUGGUACUGAGUUUUCCUCCCACCCCUUCUGCUAAAUCAUGGCUGUAGAGCAUGACUUAAGGCUGUAGAACAGUUCUAAUGGCCACCCC